AUGUGCAAUGUUAUUCUGAAUUAUACCAACAGAAUUAACCUCGCUUUUUUUACUGAUUCUCUUAUGAAUUAUCAAAAGCAGUGGAAACUGAGUUCUUCAAUACUUCAUGAUCCCAAAACCUUAGCAAAUGUUAUACAAAUUUACACAAAAUCCAAGAAUCUUAAUGCAGGAAAACACCUUCAUGCCCAGAUCAUUCGAUCUGUUUAUAAAGUAUGCAAGUAUGUCAACAAUUAUCUCCUCAUACUGUACACAAAAUGUGGGCACCUCGACUAUGCACAGAAAGUGUUCGACAAAAUGCCCAAGAGAAACUUGGUGUCAUGGACUGCGUUGAUCAGUGCUCUUUCACAGAACUCUCUAUGCACGCAAGCAUUACAAGCGUUUUCCCAGAUGAGAAUUGCUGGGGAAAGUCCGAAUGAGUUCACGUUUUCGAGUGUUGUACUGGCUACGACGUUGCUUAAGGAUGUCGGUUUUGGGAGGCAAAUACAUUGUCUCAGUGUAAAAUGUGGGUUUAGCCAUGAACUUUUUGUGGGUAGUAACCUUGCUGAUAUGUAUUCCAAGUGUGGGGUGAUUUGUGAUGGGUGUAAGGUCUUUGAGGAGAUGCCUUGUAAGGAUGUAGUCUCGUGGACCUCGAUGAUACACGGGUAUGCCAAGAAUGGUGAUUUUAAGGAGGCUUUGUUGGGUUUUAAGACAAUGUUGUUUGAGGCAAUGGUGAUUGAUAGUUAUACAAUUUCUUGUGCUUUAAGUGCUUGUGGGGCAAUGAAGGCCUGUACAUUUGGGAGAUUGGUUCAUUCGAUGGUUGUGAAAUCAGACUUUGAGGGGGAUACUGCCAUAGGCAAUGCACUAGUGGAUAUGUACUCGAAACUGGGUGACAUGGAAAGUGCGCUGAAAGUGUUUAAGUAUAACUCUUGGCGUGUAGAUGUUGUGUCAUGUACCUCUUUGAUUGAUGGGUAUGUGGAAGCUGGUCAAGUAGAGGAAGCGCUUGAGGUGUUUGUGGAGUUGAGGAGGCAAGGCUUGAAGCCCAAUGAAUUCACGUUCUCCAGCUUGGUUAAAGCUUGUGCUAACCAAGCUGCGCUUGAGCAAGGAUCAAUGCUUCAUGCUCUAGCAAUUAAAAUGAAUUUUGCAGCAGACCCAUAUGUCUCAUCUACGCUAGUUUUUAUGUACGGGAAGUGUGGAUUGGUUGAGCAUUCAGAACGAUUGUUCAACUGUAUCACAAACCCAACUGAGUUUGCAUGGAAUUCAUUGUUGGGUGGUUUUUCUCAACAUGGCUUCGGGAGAAAAGCCACUAAAUUUUUUAAAAGAAUGGUCCUUGGAGGUAUGAAACCGAAUGCUAUAACCUUUAUGAUCCUCUUGACAGGUUGCAGCCAUUCUGGGUUGGUUGAUAAAGGAUUGAACUACUUUAGUGCCAUGGAGAGGGACUACGGGGUGACACCUACAGCAGAGCACUAUUCAUGUAUUAUUGAUCUACUUAGCCGAGCAGGAAAGCUCAAAGAAGCCGAUGACUUCAUUAGUCAAAUGCCUUUUGAGCCAAAUGCUUUUGGUUGGUCUUCUUAUCUUGGGGCUUGCAGGAUUCAAGGUGAUAAAGCACGGGCUAAAAUCGCAGCAGAGAAGCUAAUGAGGCUGGAGCCUGAGAAUAGCAGCACACACAUUCUUCUCUCUAGCAUUUAUGCAAAAGAAAGACAAUGGGAAGAUGUAAGAAAUUUGAGGAAAAUGAUAAAAGAUGGAAACAUAAGAAAAGUGCCUGGCUAUAGCUGGAUCGAUGUUGGGAACAAAACCCAUGUUUUUGGCGCACAUGAAUGGUCUCAUCCUCAACAAAGAGAGAUCUACAAUAAGCUCGAUAGUCUCAUAGAAGAGAUAAAGAAAGUUGGAUAUAAACCCCAAAUAGAAGUCGUUGAUAUUGAUAUAGAUGACGACACAAAGGAAAAGAUACUUAAAAAUCAUAGCGAGAAGCUAGCUGUUGCAUUUGCACUAAUGAGUAUGCCGUCUUGGAAGCCUAUAAUCAUAAAAAAGAAUUUGAGGAUAUGCCUGGACUGUCAUACUGCAUUCAAGUUGAUAGCGAAAGUAACUGGAAGGCAUAUAAUAGUGAGGGAUAGUAACAGGUUCCAUCAUUUUUCUAAUGGAUCUUGUUCCUGUGGAAAUUUCUGGUAG